CGCUGCCUGCCGGGAUCUCAUCAGGAGCAAAAACGUUCAUUUCUCCUGUUGCUGGAAUGUAAACUGACACCGCACACUGGGAAAGCUAUACUUAGCUCUGUAUGCGACUCGUACUUUUUACCGUAAAAGGAUGUUUAACCACAGCAGUCGGACGUUAAUUAAAUGCUGUGUCCUUUCACUUUCACUUGUCGCUUUGUCCACCUUCAUCGUUAGUUUCUUUCUAAUUCAGAGGCAACGCGGAACUACCGACCAAAGUCCACAUCCGAUUGCACAAGAGUAUUACAAGUUUAUCUCUCCAUCAACAUAUAGGUAUGUACUGAACCAGCCAGAAAAAUGCAGAGGAAAAAAGCCUUUCCUAGUGCUCAUGGUCCCAGUGGCCCCAGGUGACCGUUCCUCCAGGGACGCCAUCAGGGCAACUUGGGGUCAGGAGGGCUUGAUACCAGACGUGGUCGUCACCAGGAUUUUCUUUGUGGGUCUGGCCACCGGCGAGCAGGGCCCACGUGUCCAAAAAGAACUGGAGCGGGAAAGCCAGGAGCACGGCGACAUUGUCCAGAUGAAUUUCCUGGACAGUUACCGCAACCUGACCAUCAAGACCAUGAUGAUGAUGAACUGGCUGGCCUCCAGCUGCCAGGGCGCCUCUUACGCGAUGAAGAUUGACGCUGACAUCUUCCUCAACGUGCGCUACCUGGUCGACCACUUCCUGGGUCCCCCCACCAGCGCCCCCGUCCGGCAGGGGUACAUCACCGGGUCAGUCAUCAGCGAUGGCCGCCCGCGGAGGGACAAGAAAAGCAAGUGGUACGUCUCGGAGGAGGUUUACCCCGAACCGUCCUAUCCUCCUUACGUCUCUGGGGCGGGGUAUGUCUUCUCCACUGACCUGGCAGCAAGGAUUUCAUGGGCGUCUAGAUUUGUGAGGCCCUUUCCCAUGGAGGACGUCUACGUGGGUCUAUGCCUGCGGGUGCUGGGUGUGCGGCCGGCGUACUCCUACAGCCUGCCGUACAUGCGAAACUUGUUUGAGAUCCGUCGCUUGGAAUACGACAGGUGCUUGUUCUCCCGCCUGGUCAUCGCGACCGGAUUUAAACCACGUGAGCUGCUCCGCAUUUGGCAUGACUUUCAGAAAUCCUCCUUCACGUGCUGACCCCUGCGUCUCCACUGAGGGCAUUCUGGGAAUUUUCUGAUUCAAUGAGCUCGUGAACAAAUAAUAUUGUGCUGCUACCUCACAGUUCUCUAGUGUAUGUAUGAAAUUCAAAAGCAAAAAAUAACUAACUGAAUAAAAUAAUUGUUAAACAAAAAUAGUUCUGCCAAGCCUUCAUCGGGACAAUGAUCUAUGCUCCCGAGUCUUUCUCACCUGAUAUGUAAUAUUAGGGCUGGGCGAUAUAUAUCUCAAAUAAUAUCUCAAUACUUGCAAGCUUUUUGGCGAUAUACGAUACAUAUCUCGAUAUUAAUGCAUUCUCUGAAAUAGCUUAACAGUUACAUUCAAUCAGAAUCACAUACUUCAUGUAAACCAUAUAUUUAGUGUAAUCAGAUGUUCACAAAUUGUGCAUAACCUCUUUUAGAAGCUUACUCAAUAAGACAAUAACAGUGCUCAGAUAAAUCUACAGCAUGCUUGCACUAAAUAUUUUUCCAAAAAAAAAAAUUUUAAAUGUAAAAAGAAAUCUAAUAAAAGUACCUGUGUGCAAAACAAGUCACUUCAAAUGCAACAUAGAAAACUAAUGCAUGCCAAAUGAAAAUAAAUUGUUGAAAAGGUAAACACAAAUUCUCCCCUGUACACAAUAUUUUUUUCAAUAGAUCCAAAAAAUUGAGUGGGGUCUGUGGGACAAUGACGGAAAUAGUGCAUACCGAAUGAGCAUGACGCACUUACAAAACAGUGCAAAUUAACAGAAAAAAUAGCUGCUUUAAGCACAAAGUAAUUUUUCCAAGUAUGUUUUAUGUUGGUGUGUAUGGGUUCUGACUCCUGUGUAAGGCAAACUCUCAGCAACUUAGCUGCUCUUAGAAGUUUUUGGCCAGAACACAAUCCAGUUUCUGGUUUGAGUUAGCCUAUGCUUUGUGGAAUGACAGAAUGUUGCUACUGGAACUAAAUGCUCUCCGAGAGAGAACGAAAAGCUGACAGGGCUCGUUCAGAAACCAGAGUUAACCUUAAUACUGCUUUUCCUCGACAGCAACAGCUAUCAAAACACGAAGACAAAAAAGCCCUCUUCCUGAUUCCUAUAUUAUUGUAUAUUUGUUUGCUGAAUUACUUUAGACAAAAUGUACUUUAGACAAAGGGAACCUAAGAAAAAGCGAAACAUAUUUCUUAAAUUAUUACUGGAAAACAAAAAGACAGGGUAAAAUUACGGAUACAAACGGAUAGAAAAUAUAUAACGAAGGUGAGUGGGUGGGGUUGAGGACGGAGGGCACUUUGAUUGUAAACACAGCAAAACUAAAAAUGCUACAGUAAAUAAGACAUCCCCAGGAGAAAUAGUUAUGUUUAUUAAAGAUAGGCUACUUAGGGAAAUACUUUAAACCCGUUUUAAAAUGCUAGCAGCACAUGGGCUAUUUAACAAUAAUACAAAUUAACACGACAAGCAACAUGGGCCUAAUUGUGAUGUUAACAAAUAGUUCAUAAAAUAAAAUGAAAAUAAUGUGCCAGGAUUGUUUGGGCAGCCCGCUGGUGGACUGCGCGAACGUUUUUACUGUUAACUGACAUGCUGCGACUGCCACGCUUUGGUACUCCCACUUGUACGUUCCACUUCUGGUAGAAUUCUAGAAUGCUAUCUCAUUGCUGCCGUCCUCCAUGUCUGCCAAACAGAUACAUACUACAUGCGCCGUGCCGGUUCCGUAUUCGACUCGACGGGUCUUCAAGAAACUAAUUUGGCAGCACAAAUUAUAAGCACGCGAUCGAUGUCUCAUCAUUUUGUAUCCCCUGCAAAAUCAUAAAAUAUUAUUCUAAUAUUCGAUAUAUCGCCCAGCCCUAUGUAAUAUCAAUAAUUUCACAUUUAUAAUACUUUUAUUGUAUUUGUUGAAUGUCUGUGUCUUUUAUCCUACUUGAUGAAUUAAUGCACAUUACUUGAAUAAUUUGUUGUCUAAUGUAAGAGGCCCAUCAAUAAGUUUGUCAUGACUGAAUUUUUACCAUUGCUAUUAACUGCCCGAAAAUCUGAUGAUCGAAAUACUAUUAUGUAAAACGAAGACGUUCCUUCAGCUUAUGUCUCUUUACCGUUUUGGAGUGGCUCCCUUUUUAGGCAGAAUCCAUAAUCAAUAUUUCCUUUUUUUUUACACAUCUUUUGAGUCGCGUCAGUAAUCUACUUACAGUGGUAGCAUCAGUGCCUUAAAGUGGUAGCAUCAGUGCCUUAAAGUGAUAGCAUCACUUUAACAAGACCUGGCCAGAACCAAGCUAUAGCACGGUUCCUUAAUGGUACAAAGUUAACAAGAACAAAUAAAAGAUAAUAUGUUACUCCAAUUUUAGCUUACUUGCACAGGUUUAUUUAAAAAUGUUAUUAAUUAUUUAUAAUGCUUUGCAUGGUUUAAGCCUGAAGACAAAGGGAGAUUGUGCUUUUUGAGUUACAGCCCCUAGGCUCUGGAACAAUCUCCCCCUGGCCAUUAGAACAGCUGAGUCACUGUCAUGAAGAUACAUUUUUGUAAGUUAGCUUUUAAUGUCUUUUAAUGUAUUCUCUGUACAAAAUAUACAUAUAUGUAUAUAUUUGCUUUAGAUUGUCUGUUAAUUUAUUUUGUUUUUUGUUUCCUUUGUCACUAACUGCAUAUUGAAAUUGCUUUAUUAUUUAUAUAUUGCCUGAACUUUUCAUGGUCUUUAUUUUGGAUGUUUUGCUGAUUGCUUGUAAAAGAACCUUGUGUUUUUUGUUUGAAAGGUGCUAUUUAAAUAAUAAACAAAAUGUUUUGGUUAACAG